AUGCAAACUAUAGUGAGUGACCACAGGGGAGGAUAUCUGAGAGUAACUGAAGAAGAGGAUCAGACAGUGUUGAACCUGGUCCUGUGUGGUAGAAGAGGAGCUGGGAAGACUUCAGCAGUCAAUGCUAUUCUGGGACCAAAAAAGCUUGGUGGACCUAAUGACUCUUUAGAGUGUGUUAAAACCCAGGGAGAGGUGUGUGGACGUCGGGUUUCCCUGCUGGAGCUGCCUGCCUUGUAUGAAGAACCUCAGGAGGCAGUGAUGGAGGAAUCAUUCAGGUGUAUCUCCCUCUGUGAUCCUGAGGGCGUCCAUGCCUUCAUCCUGGUCCUACCUGUGGGUCCCCUCACUGAUGAAGACAAGGGAGAGUUAAAGACCAUCCAGAACACAUUCAGCUCUAAAGUCACAGACUUCACCCUGAUUCUGUUCACUGUGGAGUCAGAUCCUACAGCUCCAGCUGUUGUUGACUUUAUCAGACAGAGCAGAGACAUCCAGGAGCUCCAUCAGAGCUGUGGAGGAAGAUACAUCAUCUUCAACAUGAAGGACAAGCAGCAGAUCCCAGAGCUGCUGGAUCAAGUGGACAAGAUGAGACUGUCAGAUCAGAAACCUCACAGCUACACAACAGGAAUGUUUGCUCAUGGCCAAAUGGAAAAGAUCCUACAGCUAGAAGCAGUCAUCACCAAACAACAGACUGAAACUGAUGAAGAGCAGCAGAACUCAGAGAGUCUCAGGAUUGUGCUGAUUGGGAAGACUGGCAGUGGAAAGAGUUCUUCAGGAAACACCAUUCUGGGAAGAAACAAGUUUGAAGCUCUACCAAGUCAAACUUCAGUCACCAAACUUUGUCAGAAGUCAGUGGGUGAAGUGGACGGACGUCCUGUUGUCGUGGUCGACACUCCUGGACUGUUUGACAGCAGUUUAACCCUUGAACAGGUUCAUGAAGAGAUGGUGAAAUGCAUCAGUCUUCUGUCUCCAGGACCACAUGUCUUCCUGCUGGUGUUACAGAUCGGCAGAUUCACACCAGAGGAGAAGGAGACAUUAAAUUUGAUCAAGAAAAGUUUUGGGAGGAAUUCUGAAAAGUUCACCAUCAUUCUUUUCACAAGAGGAGAUUCAUUAAAACAAGCGAAUCAGUCCAUUGAAGAAUACAUUGAAAAGCAAUGUGAUGAUUCCUUCAAGAAGCUGAUCUCUGACUGUGGAGGAAGAUACCAUAUGUUCAAUAACUAUGAUGAACAAAACAGAACACAAGUCAGUGAGCUGAUAACAAAGAUUGACACCAUGGUGAAGAAAAAUGGAGGAAGCUGCUUCACCAACGAGAUGCUGCAAGAAGCUGAAGCAGCCAUACAAAAAGAAAUGGAGAAAAUCCUGAAGGAGAAGGAAGAAGAGAUGAAGAGAAAGAUGGAAGAAUUAGAAAGAAAACAUGAGGAGGAGGAGAAAAGAAAAAUAGAAGAACUUCAGGAGAAGUUCAAGCAGAAACAAGAUGAAUAUGAAAAGAAGAGAAGAGAAGAAGAACAAAUGAGGAGAGAAGAGGAGGAGAGGAAACAUAAAGAAUUAGAAGAAAAGGGUCCUCCAUAUUAA